AUGAUGAAGGGCUCUACCAUCGCCACAGCGCUCGCCGUGAGUGCAUCUACCGUUCUCGCUGCUCCCUCGCUUUCCGCCCGCGACGAUAUCACCCCGAUCACCGUGAAGGGCAAUGCCUUCUUCAAGGGAGACACCCGUUUCUACAUGCGCGGUGUCGACUACCAACCCGGCGGUUCCUCCGAUUUGGCCGACCCUAUCGCCGACGUGGACGGCUGCAAGCGGGAUGUCGAGAAGUUCAAGGCGCUCGGCCUGAACACUAUCCGUGUUUACUCGGUCGACAACUCGAAGGACCACGAUGAGUGUAUGAACCUCCUGGCUGAUGCUGGCAUCUACCUGGUGCUCGAUGUGAACACUCCUCUAUACUCCAUUAACCGUGAAGACCCGGCCCCGUCUUACAACGACGUCUAUCUUCAAUACAUCUUUGCGACUGUCGACAAGUUCGCCAAGUACAAGAACACCCUCGCUUUCUUUUCUGGAAACGAAGUAAUCAACGACGGCCCAUCGUCAGUGACAGCUCCUUAUGUGAAGGCUGUGACUCGUGAUCUUCGCAACUACAUCCGCGCCCGCAACUACCGCAAAAUUCCCGUCGGAUACUCUGCUGCCGACGUCAACACCAACCGUCGCGAGAUGGCCGAAUACAUGAACUGUGGUACCGACGAGGAGCGCAGUGACUUCUUUGCCUUCAACGACUACUCCUGGUGCAGCCCUUCCUCGUUUCAGAAGUCCGGCUGGGACCAGAAGGUUCAAAACUUCACUGGCUAUGGUCUUCCUCUCUUCCUCUCCGAGUAUGGUUGCAACACCAACGAGCGUGACUUCGGUGAGGUUGAGGCCUUGUACUCGACCAAGAUGACUUCUGUCUACUCUGGUGGUCUGGUUUAUGAGUACUCUCAGGAGCCCAGCGACUACGGUCUGGUCGAAAUCAAGAACAACAAGGUGACUGAGCUCGCUGACUUCGAUGCUCUGAAGACCGCUCUGGCCAAGACCGAGAACCCUACCGGUGACGGUGGAUACAACAAGACUGGCGGUGCCAACCCUUGCCCUGCCAGGAACGCUCCUAACUGGGACGUUGACUCUGCCGACGAGCUGCCCGCUAUGCCCAAGCCCGCCCAGAAGUACUUUGAGAAUGGUGCGGGUGCUGGUGAGGGAUUCGAUGGCCCUGGUAGCCAGAACGCUGGUACUCAGUCCACCAGCAACACCACCAAUGGUGCCGGAAACACCGUCUCAUCUUCCAACUCUGAUGACUCUACUGCUAGUGGAUCCUCUGAGACCUCUGACGAUGCUGCCGCUGGUCUCCAGAUCCCCAGUCUCUCCAUGGCCCCUGCUUUUGUCGGGCUGGUGACGAUCCUGUCAACUCUGGUCGGAGCCGGUGUCAUCCUUAUCUAG